CCUAAAAACUUUCAAGAGGAAAUACAACAAAUUAUUGAAUUUAAUGCAAGAACUAUUUUUAAGAGAAAAAUAUUUAAAUGACAGCCUAACUUAAAUACUUUUGAUUGGACAAUUCGUCUCAAAACAUUACUUGAAAUUAUAAUAAAAUGUCUAAAUCGGUAGCUCGAUUGAAAUCCAUGAGAAAGGUGGCUGAAAAAAUCGAUCAUAGUUCAAAAAUGAGGACCAAUAUUCCAGCUGGUAUGGCUGCAGCUGGUCCGCCUCUAGGCCCUAUGCUGGGUCAAAGGAAUAUCAAUAUAGCCGCUUUCUGUAAAGAUUUUAAUGAGAAGACUGCUAACAUUAAGCAAGGAAUACCUUUACCAACAAGAGUGAAAGUUAAUUCGGAUCGUUCUUAUCAUCUUGUAAUACAUCAACCACCGGCUUCAUAUUUUUUAAAACAAGCUGCUGGAAUAAGUAAAGGAGCCAUGGAACCUGUUAGAGAAACCAGUGGGAAAAUAACUUUGAAGCAUUUGUAUGAAAUAGCAAAAAUAAAACAGCAGGAUCCUCCUUUAGAGUGGAAAUCUCUGAAAGAAAUUUGUACAAUGUUGAUAGCCACUGCAAGAACAUGUGGUAUUGAAAUAGUCAAAGAAUUAGAUCCCAAGGAAUAUGGUGAAUUCCUUGAAGAGAGAAAGAAGAUUGUCGAAGAACAAAAGAAAAUGUUACAAGAGAAGCGUGAAGCUAAAAUGUUGAGAACUGCAUAGUUUAGUUUGUUGUUAAUAAAAUUGAA